AUUCGUAUUCACUUAAACUUACAAACGACGUUUUCAUGAUCGGCAAACGGAAGAAAGACUUAAAACAAAGAUCAUCUAUGCACGGACAGCAGGAGUCAGGUUGUAGGGGGAUAAUGUUGUGUUUAUAUUUCCAUUGUGUGACAAGAUAAUGUGUGGGGUGGAUGCAACAGGUGAAAUGAGAGUAUUUCGCAUGGGGAUGUUUAUUCACGAAUUUGACUGAUUAGUGUCAUGGGAAUUUGUACGCGGAGAUAUUUUCUACUGACAAUAUGCAUUUUACAAUUGGUUUCAACAGUUGAACGUCAAGUUUUCGACUUCUUGGGUUACAUGUGGGCACCAAUUCUUGCAAAUUUUUUUCAUAUAAUAUUUGUCAUAUUUGGAUUUUUUGGUGCUUUUCAGUACAGAUCAAAGUAUCUUAUAACGUAUACUGUUUGGAAUAUAGUGUGGAUUGGCUGGAAUGUAUUCAUCAUCUGCUUCUACCUUGGCAUUGGCAUAUUGGACAAAGAUAGUGAUGUGUUAAAUCUUGGAACUGGCAGUGUUAGCUGGUGGGAGGUAAAUGGAGCUGGUUGCAAACCUGUUUAUCCCACAAAUCUUACUGCUGAGGACACUGAUGUAUUUCGACCUCUAAGACCAGAAUAUGUUCCUGGUUGUUUCCUUGACUAUCAGUAUGUAGAAAUCUUGCAUGCUUCGGUGCAGUGUUUAUUAGCGGUUCUUGGCACAGUUGGUGGCAUAUUUGUUUGCCAUAUUCUCUAUGAAGAUGAUGAUAGUUCCCAAGUUAACAGUUCCUAUGGAAAGAAAGCAAAUAAUGGAAACCGAAACUCUCUUUAUUCAAUUGAAUUUAGUUCUCCAGAUAAUAAUGCAGAUGACAGUGUAGAAUAUGAUGAAACAGGUCAGAAUGGUAACUCACACUUAUCAGCUCCACAACUCUCUCCACGUCCCAUGACCCCACGCAGAGUGAAACGCCGUAGUGUAAUUUCGCGUGGUUCCACCGGCCGUAACUCACAGCAAGAUAAACGGGGUAGUGUGAGGCAUGGAAACACAGUGCGCUCCUCAGUUAGAUCUUCAGGACGGCGGCCAAAACUGCAACACCAGAACCCUGUGACUCGUUUAAUAGAGCAGCAGCAGAGUCUGCAGCAACAACAGGCUCUGGGAGACUCAUCCACAUCAAAUGAUUCUCAUCGAUUGAACAUGUUCGACCCUGCAUCCUCUCAAGCAGACUUGUUAAACAGCUCACAGUGGCGGAAGACUGCUGGUCACACAAACCCCUUGUAUCAGCAGAGUUCUAUGCAGUCAUUAAAUGAGGAAGAAGAUUCAUUCAACAGACCACCUUCAGCAAGAUCGAGUUACUCAAACUAUCAUGGAACACGUCCCAUCAGUUGUUAUGUAGGUUCAAGUGGAAUGAAUUCUUAUUAUGUGCCAGGACAAGCAACAGCUCAAGUACCUGUCAUAAAUACACACCGCCGUAGCAAUCGGUCAAUACCAAAAAGUAGCAGACCAAGUACUGAAUUUUUGAGUUGUGGUCCACCAGCGUAUCAGUUGCAAGGUGCCAUAGACUCUGAAACUGUUAUAUAAUUUUUUUCUUUUAGCACAAAAAAUGUAAAGCAAGCCUUCACUGCCAGAAACAAAUGUGCCUCUUGUAACUGGAUGUUGUGAAAAGUUAAAAUUUUAUUUCUCUAUGGAACUGUGUACUGCAAUUAUUCACACAAAGUGCUCUUGUAUGUGAUUGAUUUGUAUAUGCUGUGUGUACAGUUUGAUAAAUAUUUGGCUCAUCAUACAUAUAUUUUGGAGCAUUAUUUGAAGAUUUGUGGUUUAUUUAAAAUAACUGAAUCACAUAUAACACAACAGUGCUGAGUAAUAUUUUGUGCCUUUCUAGUCAGCUAUUGAAUGUAGUGUUUUGUACGUGAGCAUACCAUCAUAUGUUAUAUGUGAUGGCUAACCCUCAUUAGGCUGUUGCUGGUAAAUUCUAGUUUUCACGCGUCUCGGGAAAACUCCUUCAUGUAAAAUGUUACGUUUGGGAAUCAUUUUACAAGGUAUGAAGGUGGAACUGUUAAAUAUGUAAUUUGCUUUGGAAGCAAUAAAUUCAAAAACUUACUUUUAAUACAUUUUUCAGACAUUGUUAUUGAAGCUGUAAAUAUGCCAUAAAGCACCAGGUUUGAGUAACUUCUGUUCAUUGGCAGUGUCAAAUUCAACUUGGCCAGCAGUGUCAGCAAAUGUAGAAGUAAAUUUUGAGGUCACACUUGCAACAUAAUUUUCAGGAAUGUAUAGUUGGACCGUUCUUUUCUAGCUGUUGUUUACAAAUUUUUAUUAAAUGCUUCCAUCCGUCAUAUUCCCCAAAUCCAAGAAGCAGCUCGCUGUAUGUUCUGCAAGUUGGAUUCAACCGACAGUGAUCCCUUAUGAUCUGACUACUUACUAAUGAAUGCGACAGAACCCGACAAACCACAAUUUUUUUAUGUUUGUUUUAAUUUUUCUUCUGGGUAUUUUAUUUUUAACAUAUUACUGCACUCUCAACAAACAAUGAGAAAAUAGCUUUCAGUUUAUCCUUAACACUGAUAUUACAGGCUAUAAUUUUGACUGUUAAAGAUUUCCACUUCCUUGUGAAUGGAUGUUACUGCUCUUCAAACCAAGUCUCUGCUCCCGGGAUUUUUAUAUCGUUACUGGAGAUGGUGCUGCAAGGACUGUCAAUUAGUGUCGGACCCAAUUUCUGCUUUUUUUCAUUCAUCAAAUGUUUCUGUUCAUCUGUCACAGUAUCAAUUUAGAAUCCACAUUAUCUUCUUAACAACAAAGGCCUAAUACUUUUAAAAGGUCCAUAAAAUGCAUUUCUUACAUCUGAAGCAAUUUUUAUACAUUUUGACAGCCUGAAACACUGAUAGUUGGUUCUGGUGAGAAGAAAGCAACUUAAUAAAUAGUUAGUAGUAAUAAGGCUGAAAAGAUUUAUUUUCAUAACCAGCUUUGAAACUUUCUGACAACUUUGGAUGACGCAUAUAUUUAUUAUAACAUCACUUUACAUAACACAGACAAAUAUAACAAUUUCUAGAAUUGGGAAAAUUUUACAAUGGCCUUGAUCAUAUUAAAAGACUGAUUUUUCAAAAUAUGAUUGAAAACUAUUAUUGCGAUUGUGAGAAGUUGAAUGAAAAAUUUGAUCAGUUUUUGUAUUAGUUGUACAAAUAUCAGAAAUAAAACGUAUUUGUGGAAACUGUUACUAUAACUGCAUCAGUCCCUCAGAGGUUUUUAUCUAUCUUUCCAAAACUUCUUUCAAACCACUUCAGCUCAUCACCCUACAAAGUUUAUUAAGUAAUCAUAAGUUUGUUAUUCUACACAUCUUAUAUCACAUGGUGCAUGUAAUUUGUGGAUCAGAUACGUUGCGCUGUUUAUUUUUAUUCAUCUAAGGAUGACAUGUUGUGUUAGUAGAAUGAAACACAGCAACACAAAAUAUAAAUGCACACAGAAUUCAUAAAUGUACCCCAUGAAUAUGAAAGGUGAUAGGCCUAGCCUUGAAGGAACCAUCCUGGAAUUUACGUGAAAUGAUUUAGGAAAACCACAGAAAACCCAAAUCAGUACGGCCGGACAGAAUAAACUCCAUCCUCCCGAAUAUGGAGGUCAGUAUCUUAAUAGCUGCACCACCUUACUCGUUACUCCAUAUUAUACAAUGUUCUUUGAUUUACAUCCAAUUUGUGUCACCACACACACUAAAGACACCUGAUGAUGACUUCUGAAUUAUGAAGGUGGCGCUGUGCCCCUUGUGCUAACUCCAGUCUGUUUGACUCCAGGACCAGAAACAUUCAACUAUGCUCCAUGUUUGUCUUCCUGUCCUCCCCUCUGUCUACCUAAAAAACUGAGUCAGCAUUCCCCCCACCCGACGAGUGGGAUACUGAACUCUGGAGAAGACAAGACAUUACUAUCAUGCACCUUGUAUCUUGAUAUAAGAUUUUCUUUUAAAAACAGUAAACUGUGAUAAUGUAUUUAAAUGUGACAAGAUGUUGUAGUUAUCUCCUUUCAUCAUUAAUCAUUACAUUGAGUCCUGCAAGUGAUCUUUGAUUGUGUAAUAUACGCAUUACUUAUGAAGAAAGUUUUAGCUGCCUUUUUGAACAGAUGUAUUUUAGUAAUCUCUUUCAUUUCCUUGGACAGUUUAUUAUACUAUUUUAUUCUCUGAGGGAAUGUGCUUCUUAGUCUGUUUUUCCCUGGUAAAUAUAAUUCCUAACUAGCUAUUAUUCCAUGAUGAUGUAUGGAACUAAUUACUGAUAUAUCCCCUAAUUUGCUUAACAGAUUGGUAGAUGUUCUCACUUGGUGCAGUAAGGAUGCCAUAUUUUUUUAAACAGCCCCUUACAAUGAGCCCUACUACUACUACUACUACUACUACUACUACUAGCUAAAAAUUAAGUGUACAUAGUAGUAAAGUCUUUCUUUCUCAUCGCAGCUGAUAAAUCUCUUCUGAUCCGAGGUUCUGGGCUACUUUUCUGUAACUCUUCCCAUUUCCUAAAUCUGGUCAGUCCAGAUCUUUCCUUCCCCUGCAAUCGUUCUGUCAGGAGGAGGAACCACUGGCUACUUAAGCUUGCACAUUUCCUUAACUUUUCACCUAACGCUGCUUGAAGGGUAGACUCUUUUGUCCAUCCAUUCAAAAAAUGAUUAUUUCCGUUGAUGUAUUAUUUCAAGAUACUCAGUUAUUCUUGAGAAUGAACACACAAGUGAAAUUGGCCUGUAGUUUCCUAUACUUGACCUAUUACCUCACGUAUAGGGACAAUUUGUGCAUGCUUUAGGUACGUGGAAAAAAUACUUGAAUUGAAGGAGUCAUUUAUUAUGUUUGUUCAUAGGGCUUGUGUGUUGUCCAUGCACUCUUUCAGAACAGACUCUGGAACCUUAUCUAUACCUGCUGACCGAUUUUUUUAGUUACUGUUUUGUCUUCAUGAUUUUAAGUUCUGUUGUGAGAAAUAUCAUCACUGUGCCUGCUGUGACAUUGUGUGCACUACACGUGUUUUAAGAAGAUUUUGCUGCAACUUUUCUGCAGUGCUAGAUAAAUAGUCACAAAAUUUGCCCGAUGAUUUUACUACUAUUCUACACCCGUGUUUGACUUUUGUGUUGUUAUGCUUGUCUACCUUUUCCAGUUCCUUGAUUUGUGACAUAUUAUACUACUUUGCUUUUAUUUUAUGCAUCAUAUAUUAUUUUGUCAUUGGGUGAUUUUCUUCAGAGCAAUCAGUACACCAACCGAGUAUUUUCUUCAUUUUACUCAGUAUUACAAAAGAGCUAAAGAAUGAUACUUUUUUUAACUUGGAUGGAAAACCACAAGAGGAUGCACAGACUAAAGUUACAGAUGAGACGUAGGAAAAUGAGCUAUAAGUUAAAAAGAUCUAUUCGGAGAUGAGCAAUACUGAUUUGAAACCAGUUACGGACUGAUCAAUAAAAAUCAUAAUUUUACUGGUGCAAUUUUAUUAACAUAUUCCACUUUGAAAAUGUCACGGCAUCCCACUGUGUAAAAAUUAAAUCUAAAGAUGUACGUACCAGGUCACAUAAUGUGACUACACUGCGUCAUCCUUUGAAAUAAGUGUAAAAUAAUGAUCUGUGCGCAAAAAGGAAAAGAAUUAUUUGGUUGUAAGACAAUGCUGACAUAUCUCUCUAACUCUACACAUAAUCACUUAAGAUACUGGAACUCACUCUGUAGUUAGGCCUAAUGAUAUGUCUCAGAGAUACAUAUGAAAACUAGGCAGUUAAAUAUAUGUACUAACUAAGAAACAUGUAAGUAAGGCUGUGAUUUCCAAAUGAAAUUUCAUAUACUGAAUAUAGUUAUUCGAAUUUAUCUGCCAAUGAGUAUAUUUACAACAUGCAGCUCGUAGUAUGAAGUAUCAAAUCUUGUUAGUAGGUCUUAUUAUUUUCAUUGAAUAAUGAACAUGUACCAUUGUAUUUGACAGUGAUUGUUCACUACAUUUUUUGUCUGUCUUCCAUAAAUAGAAAGCUAUGUGCCUAUUAUUAAAAAAAAAAAAAAAAAGAUUUUUGAACUGUACUUGCCACUUAAUUUGUAACUGAGUAGUGAGAAUAUAUUUGUGGCAUUUUUGUUGUGAAAAAGUGUUUAAACCUUGUAUCAUGAAAGUGUGUUAAGUGUUCCUGUACACACCAAAAUUCUACAAAUAGCAUUUUGUAUCUGUAUUAAUGUACAUACAGUAAAAGUUGUGUAAUAAUAUGUGAUGACUCGCAGGAGAAAUGUUCUCUGUAAAUGGAAUGUGUGCAGUUAUUUUUGUUGUGUGAGUGGGUACUGUUUUGGCAGAAAGUUCUAAGUUUUUUGGAGACAUUUCUAGGAAAUAAUUAAAGUGUUUUAAAUUCAGAAUAUAAUUAAUAAAGUACAGUGACAGUGGUUUCAAUACCAACACCUUUGCUUGCAAAAUUUUACGUCAGUAAUUUUUGGUACCCAGGGAAGAUAUUAAAACAUUCCAUACAAGAUAUGAUUUGUUGAUUGUUUUUUAAAUUGUAGAAAUGAGAUUGUGUAAUACCUUAAGCUGUUUCAUAGCUUAUUCUUUACUGUGAGUUCAUUGAAAGACUAUUAUCUAGCACAAUUUUUUUAAUUAAACAAUGGACAAUCCAGGAAGGAAUGUAACCGUAUUAUGAAAAGAAAAGUUGCUACUCACCAAAUAGUGGAGAUGCUGAGUUGCAGAUAGGCACAACAAAAAGACUCUUACAAUAUAAGCUUUUGGCUAACUAGACCAGAGGCUGCAGAGAGAGAGAGAGAGAGAGAGAGAGAGAGAGAGAGAGUGUGUGUGUGUGUGUGUGUGUGUGUGUGUGUGUGUGUGUGUGUGUGUGUGUGUCUCGCCUAUUUUCAACAAAGGCCUUAUUGGCCAAAAUUGUGUACUGUGACAGUCUUUUUGUUGUGCCUAUCUGUGACUCGGCAUCUCUGCGAUAAGGUGAGUAGCAAAUUUUCUUUACAAAUUUUUACUAACAUGUUAAUUUCCUAAAGGCAAUUGGUGGACAUAGCAGAAUUUCAUGCCUGAUGCCGUGUGCCUGUUGGCGACCACAUUUUUUUCGCAGAAACCAGUACACACCCUGAGUAUUUAUUUUACUUUAAUUAAUAUUGCAGCAGGGCUAAAGAAUGACACUUUUUUUAACUUGGUCGCAAAACCAUGAGAGGGUGGACAGACUAAAGUUACAGAUGACACGCAGGAAAAUAAGCUAUAAGUUAAACAGAUCGGUUUGAAGAUGAACAGUAUUGAUGUGAAACCAAUUAUGGAUCAGUAAAUAAAAAUCAUAAUGUUACUACUGCAUUUUAUUUACUAUUCCACUCUGAACAUGUCAUUGAGUCUCACUGUGGAAAAAAUAAAUCUAAAGAUGUACUUGUCAUGUCACAUAGUGUGUCAGUCUUUGAGAUAAGUGCAUAACGACGUUCUGCAAGCAAAAGAAUUAUUAUUUUGUUGUAAGACAGUGCUAAUGGUAUCUCUGUAUCUGUACACAUAAUCACUUAUGAUACUGAAACUGACUCUGUAGUUAGGCUUAAUGAUAAGUCUCAGAGGUAAAUAGGAAAACUGGUCAGUUAUGUAUAUGUACUAAAUGAGACACAUCUAAGUUAGGCUGCAAUUUCUCGAUGAAAUUUCAUAUACUGAAUUUAGCUAUUCGAAUGUUUCUGCCAAUGAGCAUAUUUAUAUGCAGCUCUGUUAGUAUGAAAUGUCAAAUCUUGUGUGUAGUUCUUACUAGUUUCAUUGAAUAAUCAGCGUGUACUGUGAAAUUUGACAGCGAUUGUUGUUCAUCACACUGUUUAGUACAGCAUUUCUCUUGAUGCCAUGUAAAGUGUAAAGUUGCAAAAAAUUAACUACAAAACAAUGAACAGGAUAUUAUUCCCAACUCUGCCCAGAAAUACAAAUUAAUGAACUGUAUUGCACUAUAUACUAUCCUAAACAUAGUGUAGCAUUUCGUCACCUGUGGGUGCUGGGCGUCAGAUGCGAAUCUUUGCAGUGUCUGCCAGCAGCCUUAAUGCAGACAGUAUGUUAAUAGCAAGAGUGACAAAUAUAUAACAUGUUGACAAAAAUAUAUUAUUUACAGCUGUGUGACUAAACAUCAAUUAUAAAUAUUAUAUGCACUUUUUAUAUUUUUAUGUAACUGUUGUUAUUAACAGAAAUCAAUCUUCUUGAAAUCAGGUGCACAAUAAGGAAUAAAUUAAAGAGCAACCUAAGGUAUUACAUUAUGCCAUAUCUACAAAUCUAUGCAAGUGUUCCUUUAGCCACCAUUACAGAGUAAAGUUAAUGGCACAAACUAACAGUGUACAAGAAAUACUUAGAUUCAGUUACUUUUUUCUCUUUCUGCUGAUUUAAUGAGGUGUUGACGCACUGCUUAGCUCAGUUUCACUCAAAUCACUGAUCUGAGAUUGUGCCCUUACUUCCACAGACACAAAACUCAAUAUAUCUCUCUCUCUCUCUCUCUCUCUCUCUCUCUCUCUCUCUCACACACACACACACACACACACACACACACACACACACAUAUAUAUUCAUCCUUAAUGUGAGGAAAGCAGAAAACAUAGCACAUCUCAGCAAUUUAUCUCUUAUUAUGACAGAUAUUUUCUUUAAAAUAUGCACAAGUUAAAAUAUAGCUUCAGCGUUACUGGACAUCCUCUUCUGACGGCUACAGUUGAGACCUGUUGAUGCCAGUUCAUUUUAUUCUUGAGAAAUUUUGUGUAAUGCUACAAUGACCAUAGCAAAAUGUGCACUCUUCCCCCUGCUCCCAAAGGAAGUCUGUUUUUCAUUCAGUAGCACACAUCAAAGCAGGUAUUAAUCUAUAGAAUAUAGGAAUUUUGUUUCCUCACUGAAUAUUGAUUGUU